GAACUACAUGUGUAUUUAGUAUUUCGACACGUUUUACUAGAAAAUUUCUGCUCGGCAGCGAUUCUGGAUUGCCGAAUUUUUACUGUAGAGUUGUCUAAGGAUUUAAUAAUACUGAGCUGCUGUUUGUUGUCAGGGAGUGUGGAGUGAAAAUUCCGACGAGGCGAUGGCAGUUGUGUAAAAGGAAUUUGUGACCAGGUGCACAACUGACUCUAACUGGAAACGGCUACUGGGCUUACGCAGUUAAACUUUAAAAAUUUAUCUGGAUUUUAAGAAUUUGCGUCCAUUUCCGCAAAGGAGAAAACAAAAUCAAAAUGGCUAGUGUAGUCAAGACAUCAAGGGAGGCAGUAUUUGCGGUGGCCAUUCUCCUUGCUAUGGUGUCAGUGGUUUUAUGCACUGGAGAAUGUAUCAGUAAUCCAUGUGCAAUUGGAUCCUGUAGAGAAACUCCCACUGAUAGCUACGUCUGUCUCUGUCCUUAUGGGCAGAGCCACGGUAUCAAUUGUCAACAAACAUUGACAUCAUUUCGAACAUGUGGAGAAAACUACUUCAGCAAUAAUGGUGUCAUCCAGUCCCCCAACUUUCCCAACCCGUACAACACCUUCGACUACUGCGUGUACCUCAUUCAAGUCGUUGAAGCACAGAACCUUCAGUUUUCCAUUACUGCCUUUGAGGUCGAGAUUGAUCAGAAAGAUCCGUUUGAGUACGGCAGUGGAUCUACCGUAAACCCUAACCAGGCUAUCGAGCAAUUGGAUGGCACCAGUCAGGUCAUUCAAAAUGGUAACCCAUAUGUCUUUGACAUCACUGGUAACCAAGCUUGGGUCACCUUCCGAAGUGACGGCAGUAAUCAGUAUUCUGGAUUCAGCUUGACUUACAGAGCAGAUCUUGAUAGCUGCAUCAGUCAGCCAUGUCUAAAUGGUGCUACUUGUAAUGAUCUGGAGUUUGACUUUACGUGUAGUUGUGCAGCAGGCUGGCAGGGAGAUGCAUGUGAACUGAAUGUUGAUGAAUGUGUCAGUUCACCUUGUCUGAAUAGUGGAACAUGUAAUGAUUUAGUCAAUGGCUAUUUAUGUUUGUGUAUAGCUGGCUACAAUGGUAUCAACUGUGAAACAGAUAUUAAUGAGUGCUUGUCCAACCCAUGUCUGAAUCUUGGCCAGUGUAACGACGCUGUCAAUGGUUAUGAAUGUGUUUGUGCUUUGGGAUGGGAAGGAACACGAUGUGAAAAUGAUAUCAACGAGUGUGCCAGUGGACCUUGUAUGAACAAUGCACAAUGUAGAAAUGAGGUGAAUCAGUUUACAUGUGACUGUGCAGCUGGAUGGGAAGGUGCUACAUGUAACCAAGAUGUUGAUGAAUGUCUGAGUAACCCCUGUGCUAACGGAGCCGUAUGUGUUGACCAUAUGAACAGAUAUUCAUGCACCUGUGCUGCUGGCUACACCGACACUCGCUGCCUCACAAAUAUCAAUGAAUGUGCAAGCUUUCCUUGUAAGAACAAUGGAAUCUGUGUUGAUGAGGUCAAUGCAUUCAGCUGUACAUGCCAACCUGGAUGGCAAGGAACUACAUGUACUGAAGAUGUGGAUGAGUGUGCAAGUAACCCAUGUCAGAAUGGAGCUGGUUGUAGUAACCUAUUCAAUCAGUACGGAUGCACCUGUACUAGUGGAUGGAGAGGAAUCAACUGUGAUAUCGAUAUAAAUGAAUGUGCCAGCCAGCCCUGUGUGAAUGGUGGAACAUGUGUUGAUGACGUGAAUGGUUAUAACUGUACGUGUACUUCUGGUUGGACUGGGACACGCUGUCAAACGGAUGUUGAUGAGUGUGAAAGUGCUCCAUGUAUGAACGGUGCUUUUUGCUCCAAUGGUAGGAAUCAGUAUAUGUGUUCAUGUACAGCCGGAUGGACUGGAACCCUCUGUAAUGUGGAUAUUAACGAGUGUGUUAGUAAUCCCUGUAUGAAUUCUGGCCAGUGCAUCAACCAACUCAAUGAUCAGUAUAGUUGUAACUGUGUCGCAGGGUGGACUGGUGAGCAGUGUCAAACCAAUAUUAAUGAAUGUAACAUCAGCCCUUGUGAGAAUGGAGGUUUCUGUUUAGAUCAAGUCAAUGGGUAUCGUUGUAAUUGUGUCUCAGGAUUUACAGGAACUCUUUGUGAGACUGAUAUAGAUGAAUGCGCCAGUGACCCUUGUGUAAAUGGAACCUGUAUACAGCAAGUGAAUGCUUUUAACUGUGAUUGUAAUGCUGGUUGGACAGGAGUAACCUGCAGUAUUGAUAUUAAUGAAUGUGCCAGCAACCCAUGUAGGAAUGGAGCAACCUGUCUCAAUGAUGUAGCCUCGUUCAGUUGUGUCUGUGCUGAUGGGUGGUCGGGAGACACAUGUGCAACAGAUAUCAAUGAAUGUGACAGUACACCUUGUCAGAACGGAGCCACCUGUUUGAAUAAUGCUAAUAUGUAUCGCUGUAUUUGUCCAAAUGGAUGGUUUGGUACCAACUGUCAAGAGGAUGUGAAUGAGUGUGCCAGUAACCAAUGUCAGAAUGGGGCAGCCUGCAACAACGGCCAGAAUCAGUAUACCUGUACAUGCCUGCCUGGAUUCACUGGUGUCAACUGUCAAAUAAACUUCAAUGAGUGUAUCAGCUUUCCUUGUUCAAAUGGCGGAACAUGCGUUGAUGAGGUUAAUGCAUAUUCAUGUGACUGUCGACCAGGAUGGACUGGUACCCACUGCUCAAUCGAUAUUGAUGAGUGUGGAAGUUCACCGUGUCAAAAUAACGCUACAUGUGUCAAUCUACAAGAUCAUUAUGAAUGCACCUGCCUCCCAGGAUGGUCAGGAACUAACUGCCAAACAGACAUACAGGAAUGUUUAAGUAUUCCGUGUCAGAACUUUGGGACAUGCAUUGAUGAAGUGAACGGUUACAUGUGUACGUGCAGAAGUGGCUAUGGUGGGAACAACUGUGAAUUAGAGAUCAAUGAAUGUAGUAGUGAUCCAUGUGUGAAUGGAGGAAUCUGCAAUAAUCGCUUAAAUAAAUGGGAAUGUAUCUGCUUACCAGGAUGGCAAGGUACCACUUGUGAAUUGGAUAUCAAUGAAUGUGCCAGUGGGCCAUGUGUUAACAAUGGAACCUGUUUGAAUGGUCAGCAUCAGUUCUUGUGUGAAUGCACACUGGGCUAUAAAGGAACACGCUGUGAAACCGAAAUAAAUGAAUGUGAGAGCAACCCAUGUCAGAAUGGUGGAUCGUGCACAGAUCUGGGCUUGGAGUAUAGCUGUACAUGCAUUGCUGGAUAUACUGGUUCAAACUGUGAAACAGAUAUUGAUGAGUGUGCGAGUAGUCCAUGUUUAAACACUGCAACAUGCGUUUCCCAACUCAACAUGUAUACAUGUAUGUGUCCAAGAGGCUGGCAGGGUACCAAUUGCAAUGAGGAUUCCAAUGAAUGUGAGAGCAACCCAUGCCAGAAUGGAGGGACAUGUUCCAAUGGUCAGAACCAGUAUACAUGUCAGUGUCAACCUGGCUGGACUGGGGUCAACUGUAACUCAAAUAUAAAUGAGUGUGCAAGUGGACCAUGUCAGAAUGCUGGAACCUGUUUGGAUCUACUGGAUUUCUACCAAUGUAAUUGCCCAAGUGGGUUCCAGGGUAGAGACUGUGAAAUAGAUUUUGAUGAAUGUAACAGCCAACCCUGCCAGAAUAACGCUCAAUGUUAUAACCAACCGGGUCGGUUCCAGUGUGUUUGCCGAGCAGGAUUCUAUGGCCCAAUGUGUGAAAACGAGGCAGAUUCGUGUUCCAGCAACCCAUGCCAGAACGGUGCCACAUGUAUUGCAGAUAAUAGCGGAGUACAUACAUGUAUCUGUGCAGAGGGGUGGCAAGGACUACUGUGUUCAACAGCUACUGAUGAGUGCGCAAGUUCCCCAUGUCAGAAUGGAGCUUUCUGCGAGGACCAGGCGAAUGGGUACCGGUGUAACUGUGUUCCUGGCUAUUCAGGUGUCAACUGUCAAAUCAAUAUAAAUGACUGUCAGCCAGGUUCCUGUGCCAACGGUGGAGUGUGUGUCGACAAUGUUAACUUCUUCACUUGUAACUGCCAGAUUGGUUUUAAUGGACCACUCUGUCAACAGAAUGUUGAUGAUUGUGUGAGUAUACCUUGUCAGAAUAACGCAGUCUGCAUCGAUCAAACCAAUGGUUAUUCUUGUCAGUGUCAGCCAGGAUUUGCUGGAGUCAACUGCCAGCAAGAUAUCGAUGAAUGCAGCUCCUCACCUUGUCUGAAUGGUGCCACCUGUUAUGACUUUGUUGCUAGCUUUGCCUGCCAGUGUGCUUCAGGCUUCAGUGGCACUGACUGCAGAACAGUUGUGGAUGAGUGUUCCUCCAAUCCAUGUCUGAACAAUGGUGUUUGUCAAGAUUUGACCAAUGGCUACAGAUGUUACUGUAACGCUGGUCAGACUGGAGUUAACUGUGGCUUAGAUGUGAAUGAAUGCAACAGUAAUCCAUGUCAAAAUGGCGCUGUUUGCGUGAACUUACAGAACAGUUUCAGCUGUAAUUGCCAGCCAGGCUAUUCUGGGAUCACAUGCCAGACUACUACUCUGGAGUGUCUCUCUGGACCAUGUCAGAAUGGAGGGCGUUGUGAAGAAGGAGUUAAUCGUUACGACUGUGUCUGCACUGAUGGUUACGCUGGUACCAAUUGUGAAUUAGCAAUUGGAUGCCAGUUGAAUUACAACAUCUUUUCAUGUGACGUCAUCUCAGUGACAUCACCAAACUACCCUAGUAAUUAUGGACCCAAUGAGAACUGUAUUUGGAAGUUUACGACAGACUCUGGUAAUCCCAUUCGACUCAUCUUCUUGGACUACUCCACAGAAGCAAUCCAUGACGUCGUUAGUGUUGGUAAUGGAAACUUUGUAGAUGUAUCGCGGAUCAAUAGUUUUUCUGGAGACACUUUGCCUGCUAUCGUCACCACUUCAAGCAGCUCAAUGUGGGUAACAUUUAAGACAGAUGGAGCAAAACAACAACAAGGUUUCAGUUUUGAAGCCCAAGACUCGUGCUAUGCUGGUUCCCAGUUUCCUUGUCGUAGUGAUCCAUGUCAAAAUGGUGGAAGUUGCCGCGUUCUAGCAGACUUCACCUACCGAUGUGCUUGUGUAACGCCAUUUGUUGGUACAAACUGCCAAACUGACUCGUCGACAGUGUGUGCUUCAAGCCCAUGUGUGAAUGGUGGUACAUGUGUCGCCCAUUCUGCUGGUUAUACCUGUUUAUGCCCAUCACCGUAUGCCGGUGUCCGCUGUCAAGAAAUUUCUACACCAUGUAGUAAUAACCCAUGUAAUAAUGGAGGUACUUGUAACAUCAUUGGCAGUUCUUAUUCAUGCAGUUGUGUAGCACCUUACAGCGGUCAGCAGUGUCUUCAACGACCAUGUGCAAGCAACCCUUGCCUGAACAACCAGCCCUGUAUUGACACAACAUCUAGUUUUAACUGCCAGUGUAACAGCCAGUACUUUGGAUCAAGAUGUGAAUUUUUAGUUCCAUGUGUUAGUAGCCCAUGCCAGAACCAGGGUACAUGCAUCGAUGAUCUGGUGUCCAACACAUUUGUGUGUCAGUGUACACAAUCAUAUCAAGGAGACCGAUGCCAGACUCAAGUCGAUCUUUGUUCGGACAACCCAUGUCAUAACAAUGGUGUUUGCCAACAGACAGGCGCUACAACCUUUGUGUGUAGAUGUCCUCUGGGAUACACUGGACUCAUCUGCUUAGAUGUGAAUGAAUGUAUCGUAAGCAAUCCAUGUCAAAAUGGAGCUGUGUGCACAGAUACUGCUGAGUCUUAUACAUGUACAUGUGUCGGUCAGUUCACUGGCAUCAACUGCCAAUAUGUGGCAUGUACUGUCAACAGCUGCAGUAACUUGGCCACCUGUAUAACCAGUGGUGGUACCACUUCAUGCUUGUGUCUGCCUGGAUUCACAGGCGUCUUCUGUGAAAAUGAUAUCAAUGAAUGCAUAGCGAAUGUAAGUCCAUGUAAAACCAACCAGAUAUGCACCAAUAACCCAGGAUCAUAUACAUGUACCUGUCAAAGUGGAAUGACUGGAGCAGACUGCAACGAAGACGUUGAUGAAUGUAAGAGUAAUCCAUGCUUGAAUGGUGGCGCUUGUAGAAAUGGACUCAACAUGUUCACCUGUGAUUGUGAUCCUAAGUAUCGAGGAGUCAACUGCGCUGUUCCAAAUUCCUGUUCUAGUUUACCAUGCCUUAAUGGUGGUAACUGCAAUGAUAAUGGAGCUACCUACUUCUGCUCUUGUGGUACAAGCUUUUCUGGAACAAAUUGUGAAGUUCCAACCGGUGGUGCACAGAUUGGUCUCCAGAUUCAGCCGUUUUGGAUAGCUAUAAUUGUUGGUGCUGUACUAUUUGUGAUAUUCAUCAUCGUGGUCAUAGCUGUUUUAUACAAUAACUGCAAACCGAGACGAGCAAGAUAUCUACAUCGAGUGGAUUCAGAUGGGGAUCAUCGCUAUAACUACGACACAGAGGAAGCAACACGCAUGCACGGAGCGGACGAGCUAGAACAUGAGACCGCCCUCAAUCGUUCCAUUAACAAGCCGCAUAAUCGUAGUCCUGAUUAUGGUUUUAUUCCACGCAACGGCAGCAGGUAUGAAGAUGAUGAACCCAAUUGGGUAGUCUUGAUGAACGGCCUUGGAAUCCAUGAAAAGAAGACUCCACCUAAAAGGUCUACCGUUGCUGAGAUUAAUAGUUACGAAAACCCAUGGCCAGUUAGCACAGAGGAAUUUGAACCACCAAGAACAACGUUAUAGGAUUGAAUUCAACAAAUCUUAUGUUUUUGAACAGAUUCAGUAGGACUGUUCAUUAAAACUUCAGUAAAGGUGAUCAUUUAAACAAUUCAAAUUAUGGAUGAAUUUAUCGAAACCAGUUUUUUGAAUGCAACAAUCAAAGGCUGUUUUAUACAAAUGUUAAAUUUUUUAAUCUAUCUAGGCUUAUCAUCGUAUGUUUUAAACGUAAAUGAGAUUGCUUUAAAAGCUGCAAUCUAAAGCACUUCAUAACUUUGUUUACAAGUCUAUUUUUGUGUUUUGACUUAAAGUUUUAAUUAUUCAAUGAAGUCUUGACGUACAAGAGUUAAUGUACUGUUAAUGUUGUCUACAGCAAUGAACAAAUUUACGCAUAAAGGAUUAACAAUACUUUAUGACUCAGCAUUCUACUUUAAAAAUGUUUUAAAUUUUCUUAGUGAUGUACAUUUUAGAUAAAAGUAAGCAAGCUCCUGGCACAUUUCCUUUUAAGGGAAGUUCAUGCUUCAAUUUCGUAAUUAGAAAGUAUUCAGAUCCGAUAAAUAAUUAAUAAGUUGUGCUAAAAUAUUAUUUUGUUUUCGCAAAUUAAUUGUUUGAUUACCAUGUUCUGCUCAUAAGCAUUACAUUAUCAACUAUGAAAUGGAGGAAAGUUUUUUUUUUUUUUUUUACGAGCUCUCAGUAAAAGUUGAAGUUAGUCUUUUCAAACUUUACAGGUCGCAGAAAAUAUUUGUAAAUAUUGAUUUUAAACAAUCGGGUUAUUUUGUAUAUGCUUUGUAAUGGAUUUGCUAAUAAAACAGCAAGAGCUUCUAAUUUGUUGAUUCAAAUUUAUCAUGAGAAGCAAUCUUUAAUGUAAUGAAUUGUAAAUAUCUGUCAAUAAUGCCAAAAUUAUUUGUGAUUUGUAGUGAUUAAGUUUUUACUGAAGCAAUCGAAAGAAUGCUGACAUUUUAUGGAAUGCUUUUAAAUCACCCUUAAUGUACUUUUUAAAUCAUCCUUAGUAUACUUUUUAAAUGCUUUCAGAUGUUUUAAUGUUGUUAGAAAGAUUGGAAAAUGGGUCAAUAUAGAAAUAGAUUCCACUUAGACAGUGUUUCGUGACGUUUAAGAUAAUCCCACCAAAUAAAAAUUAAAAAAAAAUUGAUUUCUGUACAUGCAUAAUAAUAUGAUUAUUGGUAUACAUCCAAGUCUAACAUGGAGCUACACGUACAAGCUUUGUACACACAAAUUAUAUAUAAACGGGAUUCCAUCUGUUUUACUAACAGAAAAAUAAGUAAUGAACUUGUAUUGUACGUACUGCUCAAUAGUACGGCCUAACCAUAGGAAUCCCAUUCUGCAUUCAGUGGCUACGGGCUACGGCAUUGAAAUACUUCCUAGCUUUUGUCAUCACCAUAGCUAAAGUCAUGUUACUGCGCCGCGGCUUCAGUGUUGAGAUUGAAACAGUAGUUUGGUUUCAUUUUAGCCAAAAGAUAUCCAUAAAUGGACCUUCGUGAUCUUCAUUCAAGUAUUCGAGUAUAAGCUUAUUAUUUGUGCAUUACAGAAAUCGUAUAAGUAGACGGUAUCCCACCAAACUGACAGUAGUUUAGAACACAUUGUGUUAUGUUCUAGGGAUGUUUAGUUAUCGAUAUAUUAUCCACCCUCUGGUAGUUUAGUUAAAUCCUGAUGUUAACUUAUUUUAAUAGGUGUAGGAAUGUGUCUAUCAGGGAUGAAGAAUAUUGGUUUUGUAACCCAUCCUAAAUCACCGUUUGUGAAGGAAAAUCCACAGAUAUUAUCUCAUAGGGUGGUGUUGGAACCCACGACUCUGCAUUUAAAUCCACAGAUAUUAUCUCCCAGGGUGGUUUUGGAACCCACGACUCUGCAUUUAAAUCUCCUAGGGUGGUGUUGGAACCCACGACUCUGCUUAUCUCCUAGGGUGGUGUUGGAACCCACGACUCUGCAUUUAAAUCUCCUAGGGUGGUGUUGGAACCCACGACUCUGCAUUUAAAUCUCCUAGGGUGGUGUUGGAACCCACGACUCUGCAUUUAAAUCUCCUAGGGUGGUGUUGGAACCCACGACUCUGCUUAUCUCCUAGGGUGGUGUUGGAACCCACGACUCUGCAUAUUAUCUCCUAGGGUGGUGUUGGAACCCACGACUCUGCAUAUUAUCUCCUAGGGUGGUGUUGGAACCCAGAUAUUAUCUCCUAGGGUGGUGUUGGAACCCAGAUAUUAUCUCCUAGGGUGGUGUUGGAACCCACGACUCUGCAUUUAAAGGCACUAGAUACAAUUGGUUUUUACUCAAAAUAAUUGUUAGCAUAAAAACUUGCUUGUAAGUUAUCAAUGGAGAUAUGUUGGUAGGAUAAAACAUUGUGAGAAACUGCUUCUUCUGAGGUAUAACGUCGUUUUCGAGAAAUAAGUUAUUUCUCACU